AUGGCAUCUGUAAACAGAACCAGUGAAAUAAUUAAAAAACUUAAAGCAGACAAACAUCUCCUGGAGGAGAUAAACGAAAGGCGUGAAUCCAACUGCUUGGUGGAAAGAAGCAAUCAAGUCAGCUUACUGAGAGUUCAAAAGAGGCAUUUCAAUGGUGCCUACAAGUCCCUUACUCAUGCCCAAAUCAAAGAACCUGUUCCUGACAGUGGCAGGAGCUCCUGGGUCAAACUGAGUCCCCUUGUUCACAAGGAGAAAAGGCACUUUCCACUAAAAAGUAAGAUGUUGUGGUAG